AAAUGAACAAUAGUUUAAACGGAAUCAGAUACUGUACAUAGAUCAUAGCAUUGAAUCGUGAGACUAUAGGAUAGUAGUUUUUGUAAUUAAGUUGUAACACGUUCAUGCGUCAAAAGUCGCCUUAACCGCGUGGUUUUGCAGAAUGAACACCCUACAAGAGUUGUUAAGGCAUGUCAAUUUCAUCAUGUUCCAAAGACAACAAUAAAUUCGAGCUUUCAGAGUUCAAACCUCAGCACAAUUAAAAUUUUGAAUGUGACGAGUUAUUGAACCAAAAGGGUAUUGAAUAGUUUCUACUUUCCACACAGAAAAAUUGAAAUUAACACAAUAGAAGAGAGAGGAAGAGAUUAUAUAUAUAGGGAUAUAGAGAGAGGUUUAGAAGAGUGCAGAGAAAAUGGGUGGUGGAGGUGAAGAAGGGAACAAUUUGGAAUUCACUCCCACUUGGGUUGUUGCUGUUGUUUGUUCUGUGAUUGUUGCUGCUUCGUUUGCUGCUGAAAGGUUUCUUCAUUAUGGAGGGAAGUUUCUCAAGAGGAAGAAUCAGAAGCCACUCUAUGAAGCCCUGGAAAAAAUCAAAGAAGAGUUGAUGCUGUUGGGCUUUAUUUCUCUGCUACUGACAAUAACACAAAAUGGGAUCAUCAGAAUUUGUGUUCCAGUGGGUUGGACUCACCAUAUGCUUCCUUGCAGUCUAAAGGAUAAAGAAAAGGAAGAAUCAACAAAAACCACAUCACAUUUUCAGACAUUUUUCUCUUUCUCUGAUAUUUCUGGCACUGCUAGGCGCCUUUUAGCUGAGAGUGAGAGUGAGAAUGAGGAUCACCAACCAGCAACAGGAGAAAAACUUUGUGCUAGGAAGGGCAAGGUUCCUCUAUUAUCUGUGGAGGCACUGCACCACCUUCAUACCUUUAUUUUUGUCCUAGCUGUGGCCCAUGUCACAUUUUGUGUUCUCACUGUUGUCUUUGGAGGGUUAAAAAUACGUGAGUGGAAGCACUGGGAAGACUCUAUUGGCAAUGACAAUAAAAAUGAAACACAACCAGUUUUGGAACCAACAGUGACUCAUGUUCACCAACACGCUUUUAUCCAGAAUCGUUUUACUGGUCUUGGCAAAGAUUCUGCUGUUCUGGGUUGGGUGAAAUCAUUCUUCAAGCAAUUUUAUGGAUCUGUGACCAAAUUAGAUUAUGUGACAUUAAGGCUUGGGUUCAUUAUGACCCACUGCAAAGGAAAUCCAAAGUUUAAUUUCCAUAAAUACAUGAUUCGUACCCUUGAAGAUGAUUUCAAGAAAGUUGUUGGUAUAAGCUGGUAUCUUUGGAUCUUUGUGGUCAUCUUUAUGUUGCUGAAUGUCCAUGGUUGGCACGCAUAUUUCUGGAUUUCUUUCAUUCCUCUCAUUCUUCUACUUGCUGUGGGUACUAAGUUGGAGCAUGUAAUAAUCCAACUAGCUCAUGAAGUAGCUGAGAAGCAUUCGGCCAUAGAAGGUGAAUUAGUUGUUCAACCAAGAGAUGACCACUUCUGGUUUAAUCGUCCGCACAUUGUCCUCUUCCUGAUUCACUUCAUCCUCUUCCAAAAUGCUUUUGAGAUUGCAUUUUUCUUUUGGAUAUGGUUUGUUUCUCAGGUUACAUAUGGCUUUGACUCCUGUAUAAUGGGGCGGGUUCGUUACAUUGUUCCAAGGCUCAUUAUUGGGGUAUUUAUUCAGUUACUAUGUAGCUAUAGUACCCUGCCACUUUAUGCAAUCGUUACACAGAUGGGAACUCACUUUAAGAAGGCCAUAUUUGAUGAACAAGUGCAAGCACGCCUUGUAGGUUGGGCACAAAAGGCAAAGAAAAAAGGACAAAGAGGUGAUAAUAGCCUCUCUGGCCAAGAAAGUUCUCGUGCAGGUGCUGGAAUUCAACUAGGAUCAGUGUUCAGGAGGGAAUCUGCCUCAGAAGACAAUGUUAUUGUCCCAAGAAAUGAUGGAUCCGAAUGAGUGUGGAAUGUGGAUAUACCGUAGCCAAGAUGUACACACGUACAAAAAAAUGUUUUGGCACCAUAUUAUAUAUUUUUAAUUGUAAUUUUGCUUAGUAUCAAAUCAGCAAUGAACCACCCCAAUGUUGCCUUUUAUUUUUAUGUUUUUACAUAAUGUGGUGGAUAACUUAGGAUGCCAUCACAACAUUAUCAAGGAUAGAUAGAUCUUCAACAAAAGCUUAUUAUACAAAAGAAAUGCACUAAGGGAGUAAAUGUUUCAAAUGAA